GUGUGCGGGACUCUUGAGAGAGAAAGAGCGGGUAUCGCGCCGCGCGAUAUUGAAAGAUGAAUCUAGUAGCACCCGGAUUGCGAGUCGGUCAAGAUCUCGCCGGUAUACUUUCUGAGGGUUGACCACUCUGGAAGGUUUAGUUUCGUUUUAUUUAAAUCUUCUCACCAUUUGCAUCUGAUGAUCAGUGCUUUCCGAAUUCAUUAAGUAAAUGAAAUAAUUAUUUCUUGUUCUUUGGAUUAAAUGAAGAUUUUACAUGUAUUUGAGAGCAUAAUACAUCAGAGAUAAUUACGAUAACGAGCACUAGGACCGUUCGAGGCGAUAACUUUAACUUGUAUAAAUCAUGGGAACAUUUUGGAGCAAAAUCUGGGGCCAUUCCGGUACAGACGAUACUGUUGAUCCUAGCACAGGAUUGACUGGACGUGAGAAGAGACUUGUCCAGAGUACGUGGAGUAUUGUGAGUAGGGAUCCGGUGGCUUCCGGUGUUGCGAUAAUGACAUUGUUCUUUGAACGUUACCCCGAGUACCAGGCGCUAUUCUCCGCUUUCAGAGAUACACCAAAAGCAGAACUUCCUGCGAAUAAAAAAUUCCAGGCACAUUGUGCCAGUAUCAUCACGGCAUUGAACUCUGUUAUCGAUGCAUUGAAUGACGAGGGAUUACUCGAAGCAACACUUGUGGCUAUUGGUGAGCGACAUAGGAGACGUGGUCAAACGACGGAACAAUUUCUUAAUCUUAAGCAAGCAGUGAUGGACACUCUUCGUCAGGCUCUGGGUACAAAAUUCACGGAGGAAACCGAGGAAGCGUGGAAGAAAACUCUGGACGCGGCCUAUACCCACAUUUUUAGGGGCCUUCAAGAGUCCACUUAAUUUCUAAAGCCGAAAACUAUUUGAAAUCACGCAAACAAUAAAUUGCGCAGAGGGAGAAGUACUUUUUUCACUGAGUCACAUUUGGACGUGCUUCGAGGUGUAAUCGUACAUGGCGACAGGAAGUGGCUUGGAUGCCGUUAUGAACCACCUAUUGUUCAGAACCAUUUCUAUCACCAAUUCGAUCCUUUGUUUUUUAAUCAAUGUUAGCAAUCUAACUUCUAACUAACACAAUUAUUUUUUAUUCUGCGAAUAUCUCGAUAAUAUGCGAUUUUGAGAUGAGAAUCUCAAAAAAGAUUUUUUGUUGAUGAGGAAAUAUUCAGUAGAAAAGGCCGCUUGAAUUUUUAUUAUCAAACCAACGAUUACCGAGACACAUUCACGGCCAACUUUUAACUUUUUUGACUUGCAGACCAAUCAGCUCCCUGCUUAUGCAUGUAUUUUUUAAAAAGAGAUGUUGAAAACCGGUUCUGUAGCUGACCAAAUCAUCACCAACAAAGGUCUUUUGACCUUUCUUCUUAUAAUCAAUAAUUACCGAAAUAAUCAUCGGAUCCAUUUUACAUCUCUUCUUCAAUUGAUAAAGAAAUUUCAGAAAAAAUCGUGAACAAACUGAUGAAAAUCUGAGAAUCACUGGGUGAAACUCUGUAGGAGGUCGAGAGUCCUACUAAAAAUGUGUCGCGGAUGUAUUGACGUUCGGCGAGACGUAUGAGCCAAAUGGGAUCUAACGAAAAUUGCCCAAUUAGACCACACUGACUACAGUUGAACAAUUUUGCUUGUUAUUUGGUCUUCAUUGAGAGUAUCAGUGGCAUUCAGUAAAAUUUUACGAUCUUCCUCGGUGGAUCAUGAGUGACCUCGAACGUGACUGAGGUUUUACGAGUCAACCUCGAACGUAAUUGAACCGUUUAGUUCAGAGGGAAUCAUGUUCUACUGGCGGGCAUAAGUAUCCAUUUUUUUAAUGCACAGUCGAUCAUUUUUCUCAUCAUUAAAUUAAAUCUCCUUGGGGUGGAACGUUUAUCUUUCUAUGGUGCAAGAGAGUUUCUUUGUCGCGAGCGACAAUCUAUCUGGUGGAAGAGUACAUUAAAAUGUUAUUAUAUAUUGAAUAUUAUAUAUUUUAUGCGGUGAUUGAGGAAAAAAUAUUGUACAAUUGGAUAAGGAUCAAACGUUGGAGAUUUUAAUCUGAUUAUUACUAAUCAAAUAUUGUCAAAUAAAUUUUUUUAGUUAAA